CAGUACAUUGGGAUUCGGUUUGUCCAUUGAUUUCAUUGAUUUGGUUGAAAAAAUCAAAACCCAUAAAAUUUUCAUCAAUUAAAUAUAUUUUUUGUGUCAAAUAAAUUGAUAAAUAAAAUAAUAACAUCCAUUGACUCCAAUCGCUAUUUGGUGAACACUAUUAUUGUUGACUUAUAUAUACUGUAUUUGUAUUAUUGUAAUACGUGAACGGCGACCAAGUGUCCCGAUAAACGGCCCAAUUGUGGCGUAUUCAGUGUCGUCGAUGUUUGGUCUACACCAUACGGGUGAUACGUCUGGUCUGCACCAACCUCGGGGCCCAUGUAUGGCACCGACCACCACACUCAAGGAAGAACCAUCAUUGCAUGUGCCGACAGCACAUCACCCGCACGCGCAGUUACAUCAUCACCAUCAUCACCACGGAGUUCGUACAGGUGCCGCAUGGAUGCAAUCAUCUAUGCUUGACCAGGCUUCUGUGGCCAGCAUAGGCUUAGGUCGAGCCCACUUCGAGAAGCAGCCGCCGUCCAACUUAAGGAAAAGCAAUUUCUUUCACUUUGUUAUCGCACUCUACGAUAAGGCCAACCAACCCGUGGAGGUCGAGAGGACAACAUUUAUCGGCUUUGUUGAAAAAGAUCAGGAACUUGACGGUCAAAAAACAAAUAAUGGUAUCCAUUAUAGACUUCAACUGCUUUACGCAAACGGUGUCAGACAAGAACAAGAUCUCUACGUACGACUCAUCGAUUCAGUCACCAAACAGGCAAUCAUAUAUGAAGGUCAGGACAAAAACCCGGAGAUGUGUCGCGUACUGCUCACCCAUGAAGUCAUGUGCAGCCGCUGUUGCGAUAAGAAAAGCUGUGGCAAUAGAAAUGAGACGCCAUCUGAUCCAGUGAUCAUUGAUCGAUUUUUCCUCAAAUUUUUUCUGAAAUGCAACCAAAACUGUUUGAAAAACGCGGGAAACCCUCGAGACAUGAGACGAUUUCAGGUUAUCAUAACGACUGUAGUCAGUGUCGAGUCGACACCGUUAGCCCUAUCGGACAACAUGUUUGUCCACAACAACUCAAAGCACGGCCGAAGAGCUAAACGAUUGGAUGCCUCGGAAGUUCCGUUUGCGGCCACACCAUGUAUUAAAGCCAUUAGUCCGACUGAGGGCUGGACUACUGGUGGUUCAACUGUUAUUAUAAUCGGUGAUAAUUUCUUCGACGGUCUACAAGUUGUCUUCGGAACAAUGUUGGUGUGGAGUGAGUUUGUCACCGCUCACGCCAUUAAAGUACAAACGCCUCCCAGACAUAUACCGGGUGUCGUUGAGGUGACCUUAUCGUACAAGUCUAAGCAAUUUUGUAAGGGAGCACCGGGCAGAUUUGUCUAUGUUUGUAAGUCCCUAAACGAGCCAACCAUAGACCACGGAUUUCUGAGAUUAGCCAAACUUAUUCCUCGACAUCCGGGAGAUCCCGAAAAACUGCCAAAGGAAAUAAUAUUGAAACGUGCAGCCGAUUUAGCCGAAGCACUUUAUAGUAUGCCUCGUAACACACCGUCACAACUGACUGGACUUCCGGCUCCGAGAUCGCCAGCCAGUGCUUUGAACAACGUUGCGGCCGCUGCCGCCAUGUCUGCGGGAUUCAACGCUGCGUACGCGGCCAGUGCAGGUCAGCUAAGCUGCCAAACCAAUGAUCAGACCCUCUAUCACCAGAACCCACAGUCCAAUGCAUGUUACGACAGAAUGAACGCUUAUAACACAUCCCAUAAACCGAUGCCAUCACAUGUUUAUUGUUAUGUUUAUAAUGAUUACAACAGAAAUCAGGCCAGUAGUGUAUCGCCGAGCCGUGGCUACGGCUCAAAUGCAUCGACACCUCAUAGCAGUAGUGGUGGAAGUAGUUAUGGUGGCAAUGGAACCGCCGGUACAAUGAAUGGUGGUUAUGGUAGUCCGCCGACCAACAUGUCAACACCUGUUCCCGGUUCACCCGGUCUUUUCAAUGGUAUGAGUAGUAUAGUGUCCGCCUCUCCUUUUGCAGCGAUGAAUCCGUUUGCUUUGCCCACAUGUAAUGGCCAGUCAUACGGAUCAUCGAUAGUGUCAUCGACCAAAUGAUCAAAAG